GUGAGAAUCGGAUCCUGAAGUUACGUUGUGUUUACGGACUUCGGAGGAUGCGGUCGGUUUUAAACCCUUUAUUCUGACACCACAUCCCGGUAACGCGACAACACCCGAGCCCUGGAGUGGCUGACGAGGCGGAGCGAGGUUGUGCUUUAGCCUGCUAGCUUCAGAGCUAUGGCGGACAGCUUCGGAGAGAAGUCCAGUGGCGGUGCCCUUGGCUCAGGCGUCACCGGACAUGGCAGCGGAACCACGCUGCUGCCGACUCUGGCCAACUCUCUCCCCGGGGGAGCCCCAACAGCCACCGGUGCUCACACGAGCUCCAGCUCGGCCUUCCCCCCUCCCGUUGCGGUCGCCCACAGUGGCCUAACCACUGUAAUGGCACCAAUGUCCGCUGUCACUGCUACCGCUGCCGGGUUCGGGACCACAUUCAGCUCCGGUACCCUGCCCCCGGUCGUGGCCGUGACGCCAUCCCUACACACCGUCUCGCCUCUCCCCGGGAUCGCGCUGGGUGUCGGCGGGGUGGCAGGAGCGGGCCUCCUAUCCCAAAUCCACACCACGCCCUGGGACCCGACCCUCAGUACGGACUGGGACAACGAGAAGGCUUCCCAGCAGUGCAUCCUUAGGAUAAAGAGGGAUAUCAUGUCAAUCUACAAGGAACCUCCCCCAGGGAUGUUUGUCGUCCCUGAUCCUCAAGACAUGACCAAGAUCCACGCACUUAUCACAGGGCCAUUUGACACUCCAUAUGAGGGCGGCUUCUUUCUCUUCCUGUUCCGCUGCCCACCUGACUACCCCAUCCACCCACCCCGGGUCAAGCUAAUCACCACGGGACACAACACAGUCCGCUUCAACCCCAACUUCUACCGCAAUGGCAAGGUUUGCCUCAGCAUCUUGGGGACAUGGACUGGCCCAGCAUGGAGUCCAGCUCAGAGCAUCUCAUCUGUCCUUAUCUCUAUCCAGUCUCUGAUGACAGAGAACCCCUAUCACAACGAACCUGGCUUUGAACAGGAGCAUCACCCAGGAGACAGUAAGAACUACAACGAGUGUAUCCGCCAUGAAACCAUGAGGGUGGCAGUUUGUGACAUGCUGGAAGGCAAAGUCUCCUGUCCAAAAGCUCUGUGGAGUGUGAUGGAGAAGUCCUUCCUUGAAUACUAUGAAUUCUAUGAGGGAGUCUGCAAAGAGAGACUGCAUCUACAGGGACAGAACAUGCAGGACCCAUUUGGUGAGAAGCGUGGUCGUUUCAACUACCAGGGCCUGCUUGCUCGCCUCAGCACCACCCACAGGCAAAUACGGGAGAAAAACCUGGCAGAGGGCGACCCCAACCAUGAUGACUCGGACUCAGACACCAGCUCCUCAGGGACAGACCCUGACAGCCAGGGCAGCACCCUGCCCUGACUCUCAGGACGGUUCUGGACUCAAUGCCAGGCCGAUAACUAAAGACAAAGGGACCUUUUUUUUUUCAAUUUACAUUCGAGGAACAAAAUCACGGAAGAGAUUGCAACACCUAUGUUUAAGGCAGCCCAGACAAAAGCAUUCUUCUUAUAUGCAAUUCUCCAGCCUUGCUGCCGCGGUGGGCCUCUCGCCCUCCACCCUGGUGUCACCGCUGGUCUUUGCCUCUGCGCCCGCCCUCCAGUGGCCAGCCUCGAUGCACACCGCCACUGAACUAGCUUUCCACGAAUUAUGGUCAGAGGUCCUACAUUUUGUCUGAAAGAGGCAUCUUGUUGGGGGGAGAGCUUCCCUCCAUUUCCUCCCCUCCACCUUUAGUUCUCUCUCACCGCUUCAUGUCACAAACAAGGCUCUGGUCCAUCCGGGUGAUGCCACUGCUAUCCCACUUCCACUUUAUUGAGCAGACUCCACUCAAGCUAUAGCUCUUCAUUUCACCUCUGCGUUUCAACCACCCAUUUCCGCAGUUCCACCGACCCUCCAACCUCAACCGCCGUUCUCAUCAUAGACAGAGUGCCUGUUACUCAGUCCAGGCAGCUUGCACGCAUCUCCUCCCUGCCCUAACACAAUCAUACACGUCCCCUGGACAAACGUACCUCUGACCUCCAUCCAAGAAUAGCGCUGCAUGUUGGGCUGAACCACGUAUCUCGUCAGGAGUCUGAGCCCAUCAAACACUAAAUGAAUCGUUAAGGUGUUAAACGAUUGUGGAAAAUUAGUUUUCAUGUCUCUAGCCCCAUUCCUACCCUUGGUCAAGGAGUGCAAACCUGCUUCCACUCCACAUGGAUGUUAUAGACUGUUGCUGUGUGAUCAAGCUUUUCUCUUCAAAAGAGAUGGGAUUCAUCCCAACAGGCAGGGUAGCUGACCGGCGUCGGCCAAUAUUCAGCAUGCAGUCCAGUCCUCUCAAUGUGCAUGACUGUUUGAGAAAACCAGCACACGUACCUGCUGAGGUAAUUCAUAGCUCUCUAUUCCACACUGCCAUCUAAAAUCAUUCGCUCCCCCUGCCUGAAUUGAUUUCAGAAGAGAAAAAAUUAGCAGUCUUUGAAAGACAUUUCAUUCAAUGAUCGAAUUACUUGGGUGGUGAGGUGUCUGCAUUGGUUUUCUUUGAUACUCCAUCUUCCUCCGACAGUCCGAAGACAUGCAGAUUGAGCUUAGAUUAAUUAGAGACUCUUAAUUGACCAUAGGUGAUAUUGUGAAUGGUUGUUUGUUUUGGGUCUGUAAUACGCCUGCGACCUGUUCAGGGUGUAUCCCGCCUCUCGCCCAAUGUCAGCUAGGAUCGGCUCCAGCUCCCCAUGCGGACCUCAAAGAAUCAGCAUUAUAGAUGAUGAUUUCAAUACUUCCUUUCAUGUAAUUUUUUGUACGACAAAAUGCAUCAGCCAAUUUGAAUCCUCAUGGUCUACCCACCCUCCAAAACCUAGCGGCACUUUCAUCUGGGAAUUCUCAGACUAGCUGAUGCUUUGUGAGCCAUGUGCCUUGUCUCCUCUGGCCAGGGUGAAACCACACCUCACCUCUUCAGACUGGACUUCAGCUGCCGUCACGGCAUCAGCGCAUUGAAUCAGUAGCUCUGGACUCUUCAUAACAGUGAUUCCUGUAUAUUAUGCACUUCUGCUUAGCUUUCAGUUAAGGACUCUGUUUAGCAGAAAAAGAAGCUGUUAAAGAAAUGUCUUUUUUCAUUGAAAUACAUCUUCAUAGUCUGUUUGCUGUUAUGAUAACUUUCUAUGUGUCAGUUUAUCUGUAUCCAUAGCUGCUGCUUGUGAGAUAAAAAACAAACCACGCUGUUCUUCAGCAGGUAUAUUGAAUCUAAUGAAGGCGAGACGAGGGGACCUUUCUGUUGUUUUUUACACAGCGGGUAACUCAAGUUGCUCUGCUCUGUCUGAAUAAGACCUUGUUGCAUCUGUGCAAAGGCACAAAGGGUUAUUACGCAAAUGUUUUUUUUUUUUUUGAAGAUUAACUCCCAACAAACAACAGCGAUUUCAGAAGCAUCCUUUUCACCAUUAGAUGUCAAAGUCGACUCCGAUCAGGUCUAGUGUUACAGAAUCUGGUAUAAAGGGGAAAUAAUGCUGUCAGCCUUUGAUUAUCCACUUUUUACAGCUGACUUAUUAUUUGGUCCAUGCAACAACACUACAGGAAAUUAAAUGUUGCUGACAGGCAGCAUAGCUUGCAGUCUUAUCACAGUGGAGAGGUGUCCUCUCGUAAAACAGUGAGAAUCAGAUCUGGCAGAGUUUGUAUGGCCUCCGGUGAUGCUAAUUUUUUACAGUCUAUCGUAAUUGAGUACUCACCGGUCCAUUUGUACGUAAUCAUUCCAAUUUAUUCUGGUUAUAAACAGAUCUCUCUUUUUUUUAACUCGACUGUUAAAGGUGGAAGAAAAUCUAACGGCCACAUUCCAGCUGAGCCAAAGCUAGUCCCCCAAAAGCAAUAGAGUCUCUUCAUCCUGCUAAUCAGUGGUACGUUUGUUUAUCAGACUCUAAUCUGACUCUGCGUUCCUCUUCAGCCUUUCUCAAACUCUUUUAAAGAAGAUCUUCAACGUGAGACAUAUGGGUCAGAUGCAUGAACACCUGUUGUGCUUGUUGUAGCUCCUCGUAUUUCGUUGCCCCUCCAGUGUGGCUCUACAUGCUUCAUGUUGGUGAAGAGAAGCAGUCUCUGCUGUCAGUGCGUUUGUCAAACACGGGCAUCUGACAGAGGUUGGUGAACAUUAAGAUUGGAUUACUAAUAUAGGGAAUUUCGGUUUCUUUCUCUUAUAGUUUUCUAGAAAAAUAAUAUAAGAAGCAGCUCCUAGCAGAAUGAUCUGACUGCCAGAGUGGAUUGCAUCAGACUUUCUGAAGAGAAGAGUCCAAUUCCUGUUUGUUUGUGUUGUGUUGUGCUCGAAGCAGGGUUCUUCUGUCGCUCCAAAACAGCUGGAUUACUUAAAAAAGUGAUCAUUUCCAGGUCUUGAUUGUGUUGGUUAUUGUACAGAAAUUCUGAAAAAGUACAGAAUAAAAUGUUAAGUCCUGA